AUGCCUAUGAUCUGGAAUGCCGACGCAGACGCCAAGCUCUUCCUCGGCGUCCUCAACCAAGUAAAAGACGCAAACGUGAAGCUCGACUGUAAAAAGCUCGCCGACUUCAUGGGCCCUGAAUGUAUUGCUGGCGCUGUGCAGAACCGCCUAGUUAGACUUAGGAAGAAGGUCGAGGCUGAUAUGGGUGGUGCUGUCUCUGUUUCCCCUGUGGCUGAUGGGGUUCAGACUGCUGGGGCUACAAGCGAGAUCUCUACAGGAUCGCCGAAGAAGCGUAAGGCAGCUCCUCGUAAGAAGGGAGACGAGUCUCCUAAGAAGGUGAAGCCUGAGCCUAAGAUCAAGGAUGAAGAUGAGGAUAUGGUUUAA